AUUUAUCCUCUCCAAACUCGUCACCCCUUUCUCUCCCAAAAAAUGGCGUUAUCUUUAUCGGCAGCAAUCACAACAAGGUACGCAACCACAGUCCGGCCAUGUCCCUCUUCUUCACCAAAAUCGAAGCUUUCACACUUUUCUUCUCUUCAGCUCCCAUCGGAGCUCCGGAAUUUCCGGAGCCAGCACGUUAAGUCUCGCCUGCGACGUCGUACGUUUGCUCUGGUUGCAUCGAAGAACCAGACAUUUUCGUCAUUUGACGAGUUGUUGGAAAAAUCUGAUAAACCUGUGUUGGUGGACUUCUAUGCUACUUGGUGUGGUCCAUGCCAGUUCAUGGUUCCUGUGUUGGAACAAGUCAGUGCUUCGUUGAUAGAUAAGAUCCAAGUUGUGAAAAUCGACACAGAGAAAUAUCCCGCCAUUGCUGACAAGUAUCAGAUACAGGCGCUGCCUACGUUCAUCUUGUUCAAGGAUGGGAAACCAUUUGAUCGCUUUGAGGGUGCAAUGGGCGCGGACCAGCUCAUCGAACGUGUUGAGGCUUCCCUACAAGUUAAACAGUAGCACUUAGAGGUGAGAGCUCAUGAACAUUCCAAGAAGAUUAGCUUCAUAAAAGAAAGAAAACAUACAUUUGUUUAUACUGCUUAUCAUAUUCUUGAUCCUUUUCACUUAGAUAAAGGUUCUAUCUCUCUGAUUUUUAUUC